AUGUUUGCCGGGCGAAUACUUUCCAGGACGUGUCUCGGAUACCCCUUACGGACUCCCCUGCCAUGGGGCUCUAUCUUGAACGUCAGACCGCUUUCCAUCACAUCUACCACCCCGCUUGUUUCACUUUCGGUUCAUGCUAGAGGCUCCCCCUAUUUGAUCCCCUCUUUGGUUGGCAUCGUCACUAGAGGCUUCGCCUCCAGGGACUUUUCUUUGAUUGGCACCAUCUCCAGAGGCUAUGCCACGGUUGCCAAACUCACUCGAGACCAGGACCUCGCGGAAGACCCGUACAUACCACCUCCACCAACACCGAAAAGAGGCAAACUCCGCCGUCUCCUCCACCGUUGGGGGUUCACUAUCCGGACUUUUGUCUACAAGAUGGCGCCGAUGUUCAUCAUCGGGUAUCUCUCGCUUGCGGCAAUCAUCUUGUCGUACUGGUUUUUCACCGUGAAGCCGAAACAGGAAUUGUUCCAGCCGUAUGCGACCGAGUGGCCGUUCCGUGUCAAGAUCAGAGUUAUCAGGGGCACGCAGUACGAUGUGGAGGACUACAACUCCACCGGUGCGUUAAAGUGCUGGCUCGAGGCGUUGUCGUUGUUGUACCAGUUCGAGGGUUUGGGUAAGGUUAACAUCCAGGCGCGUUUCUGGGACUCAGUGCCAGUCAUCCCCGACGAGCUUUUAAGAGCCAAGUCUGAUGAAUAUAUUGAUUGCUAUGUGGACUUAUUAGUGCGUUCUGGGAUGGGUUUGAUCAUGGAUGGUGACUCUGAGGAAGGUGAACGCCUCCUCGGUCGUGCCAUGGAGUACGAUGGGUUUGGAAACGCUGAUAUCAAAGCGUAUGUAAAGGCCCGUGAAUUCAAGAAGCGCUUGAACGCCGGUCCUGCGGACCUUCAGGCGUUGAAGAGAGAGAUUGUUGCCAGCAUCAACACCUUGACCGCCGCGUUUGACUACCUUCCGCAGCAGCCGUUAGUCGCGGAGCAAUUGGAAACGACUAAUUUCUCGGCAUACUUGCCGGAAUCUUCGGCCCAGGUUACCUCACUCAACUAUCACCUCCAGGAGCUCGGCCGCAUCUUCACCAUGGAGCGUAACUACACCAAGGCACUCGAGGUGUACUUGACGCUCUACCGCAACCUCAAUCACAAGUUCACGUUGCUCUUCAACCCCGUGCACGUAUCUGACGGGAAGCUCACCUUGGACUAUGGCUCCAUGAAAAAGUUCAACUUCUGCUUGAGCGAUUUCCACAACUUGCGUGUCAGUGAGGAGGAGCUCGCCAUAUUGGAAACCUCCAUCGCCGAGCUUCUCUGGAAGCUUCAUGACGAACGCGCGAUUGUCUGGGCCGACGAUGCCGUGCGCAACAUCCGUCUUAAGCGCCACGAAGGCAGUAGGGGCUACGAGGUGGCCCAGGUUGCGUUCCAGAACGCAUCCGCCAUGUACGAGGCGUUGGGUGUCACUGCCAGGGCCAAGCAAUUGGACGAAGAGAGGAAGGCUAUGCCCUUGAUGACCGAUUUGGACGGCUGUUCUGUCUUGUAUAACAAGAAUCUCGGAAACUUGAAGACCUUCAUGAGAAUGAGAAAGUACUGGGGCAGAUCCUCCAACACCACCGUGGCCUACAUGCACGAUUAG